AUGACACCCAAGCCCAAAAUUCCCGAUUACUCAUAUUCCACGUGCCAUGCAGAUGUGCCACGUAUGAGCCACGCGGCAGUCUUCAUGCAAUCACACCAACUUACUAAACAACUAUCAUACGCCUCUCUCUACAAUUCUAUUCAGAUUUUAGACCAAUUUCCGAUUUUUAAAAAAAAAAUGGAAGGAGUAAACGUGUCAACUCACCCACAGAUCCCCGGCGAGCCGACUCAGACCUCGACGGCGCUUCUGGAGAAGACCACCGCCACCAUCCAAGGCUUCGGCCCCAUCAACAAAAUCCACCAGCACCUCUGCGCGUUCCAUUUCUACGGAGACGACAUGACGAGGCAGGUGGAGGCGCACCACUUCUGCGCCCACCAGAACGAGGAGUUCCGGCAGUGCCUGAUCUACGACCGGCCCGCCGAGGACGGGCGCCUCAUCGGGCUGGAGUACUUGGUCUCGGAGGAGCUCUUCCUGACGCUCCCCGACGACGAGAAGAGGUUCUGGCACUCGCACGAGUACGAGGUGAAGAGCGGCGUGCUCUUCAUGCCGGGUGUCCCGGGCCCCGUCCAGCGCCAGGAACUGGACAAGGUGGCCAAGACCUAUGGCAAGGUCAUCCACUUUUGGCAGGUCGAUAGGGGCGACAAUCUGCCCCUCGGCAUACCGCAAGUCAUGAUGGCCCUCACGCGCGAUGGCCAGCUCUAUGACAACCUCGCCCAGGAUGUUGAGAAACGGUACAAGGUGUCAUUUGCAAAGGAGAGAGAGAAGCGGGCGAGCAUGAAGGGAGCAGUUGACGGGAUACACCCGAUGGCUAAUGGGGGUGGGAAAGGGCUGAAGACGGUGGUGAGGGAGGUGGAGUGCAAGACUACUGAGUCGACGGCGAGGGUCUUUGUUUGAAACUACAAAUAAGUAGGUGUAUUUUGUGUAUGUGUCGUAUCAGUUAUGACCUGUGACUAGUCACAUAUAUACUACAAAUAAGAUAUGCAUAUAUCCUGA